GAGCUGCUGACAGCCACAUGACUGGACAUACCGCAAGUCAUAACUGUACACAACUAUAUAAGAACGGCUCUUUGCCACAGCCCUGCAUCACCUACAGCUAGUUACAGCUCAGAUUUCACUACAUCGACAUCGGGGCAGUCAGGAUGAAGGUGCUGUUGUUUGCUGCUGCUGUUCUGGCCGUGGCCAGCUGUGCUAGCAUCUCCCUGGAAGACCUGGAGUUCCACGCCUGGAAACUCAAGUUUGGAAGGUCCUACCACUCUCCAUCAGAGGAGGCUCAACGCAAGCAAAUCUGGCUCAACAACCGCAGACUAGUACUAGUACACAAUAUUAUGGCCGACCAGGGCAUCAAGUCCUAUCGCCUUGGCAUGACCUACUUUGCUGACAUGGAUAAUGAAGAGUACAAACGCCUGAUUUCCCAAGGCUGCCUGGGCAUCUUCAACGCGUCUAUGCCUCGCCAUGGCUCUGCCUUCCUCCUGUUGCCUGAAGUCACUGACCUGCCAAGCUCUGUUGACUGGAGGGACAAGGGAUACGUCACUGAUGUCAAGGAUCAGAAGCAGUGUGGCUCCUGCUGGGCUUUCAGCACAACUGGCUCUCUGGAGGGUCAGAACUUCAGGAAGACAGGGAAGCUGGUGUCCCUGAGUGAGCAGCAGCUGGUUGACUGCUCUGGUGACUAUGGCAACAUGGGCUGCAUGGGCGGCUUGAUGGACAACGCCUUCCGGUACAUCAAAGCCAACGGAGGUAUUGAUACAGAGGACUCCUACCCUUAUGAAGCUGAGGAUGGGGAGUGCCGUUUCAACCCUGCUACUAUUGGUGCCAAAUGCACAGGCUACGUUGAUGUGAAACAAGGUGAUGAAGAUGCCCUGAAGGAGGCUGUGGCAACCAUCGGACCUGUGUCUGUGGGCAUUGAUGCUUCUCAAUCGUCCUUCCAGCUCUACGAAUCAGGAGUGUAUGAUGAACCAGAGUGCAGCAGCACAGAGUUGGACCAUGGUGUAUUGGCUGUGGGAUACGGCAGUGAGAACGGUCAGGACUACUGGCUGGUCAAGAACAGCUGGGGUCUACAGUGGGGCGACAAAGGCUACAUCAUGAUGACCAGGAACAAACACAACCAGUGUGGCAUUGCUACUGCAGCCAGCUACCCCCUGGUCUUCAGGAUGAAGGUGCUGUUGUUUGCUGCUGCUGUUCUGGCCGUGGCCAGCUGUGCUAGCAUCUCCCUGGAAGACCUGGAGUUCCACGCCUGGAAACUCAAGUUUGGAAGGUCCUACCACUCUCCAUCAGAGGAGGCUCAACGCAAGCAAAUCUGGCUCAACAACCGCAGACUAGUACUAGUACACAAUAUUAUGGCCGACCAGGGCAUCAAGUCCUAUCGCCUUGGCAUGACCUACUUUGCUGACAUGGAUAAUGAAGAGUACAAACGCCUGAUUUCCCAAGGCUGCCUGGGCAUCUUCAACGCGUCUAUGCCUCGCCAUGGCUCUGCCUUCCUCCUGUUGCCUGAAGUCACUGACCUGCCAAGCUCUGUUGACUGGAGGGACAAGGGAUACGUCACUGAUGUCAAGGAUCAGAAGCAGUGUGGCUCCUGCUGGGCUUUCAGCACAACUGGCUCUCUGGAGGGUCAGAACUUCAGGAAGACAGGGAAGCUGGUGUCCCUGAGUGAGCAGCAGCUGGUUGACUGCUCUGGUGACUAUGGCAACAUGGGCUGCAUGGGCGGCUUGAUGGACAACGCCUUCCGGUACAUCAAAGCCAACGGAGGUAUUGAUACAGAGGACUCCUACCCUUAUGAAGCUGAGGAUGGGGAGUGCCGUUUCAACCCUGCUACUAUUGGUGCCAAAUGCACAGGCUACGUUGAUGUGAAACAAGGUGAUGAAGAUGCCCUGAAGGAGGCUGUGGCAACCAUCGGACCUGUGUCUGUGGGCAUUGAUGCUUCUCAAUCGUCCUUCCAGCUCUACGAAUCAGGAGUGUAUGAUGAACCAGAGUGCAGCAGCACAGAGUUGGACCAUGGUGUAUUGGCUGUGGGAUACGGCAGUGAGAACGGUCAGGACUACUGGCUGGUCAAGAACAGCUGGGGUCUACAGUGGGGCGACAAAGGCUACAUCAUGAUGACCAGGAACAAACACAACCAGUGUGGCAUUGCUACUGCAGCCAGCUACCCCCUGGUCUGAGCAGGCCCAGGACUUUCCUCAGUGAGGAGGAGAACAGUGACACAUAAUUUACUUUAAUUUCGUAAAGAAACUGAGUUAUGGAACAAAAUGUUCUAUUGUUGUUGGGUGCGAGUGAGUGGGGUGUAAUCUGGCAGUCUCUCUGUGCCCUGGUGCACUUUUAAUAUCAUAAUUUUUUAUGACGAUUGUAAAUAAAUGUAAAGAAAUGAAAUGUUUUACACUAAGAAAUAAAACAUUUACUCUA